AUGCACAAUUAUGUGCACGUUGAUGAGAAGUGGUUUUUCAUAACCACGGUCAAGAGAAGAUUCUACCUCUACGACGAAUUGCUAGCUGAGCGAGCCGCGAAGGUCAUGUUUUUAGCGGCCGUUGCCCGCCCUCGUUACGACCCCCACAAGAAGAAAAUGUUCGACGGCAAGAUUGGCAUUUGGCCGUUCGUUAAAAAGUUGGCCGCGCUGCGCAUGAGCAAGAAUCGCUUGAAAGGCGCCCUCGAGUUCAAGCCCCAUAACGUGGAUGCCAACGUGUACCAGCACAUGAUCAUGAACGAGGUCGUGCCAGCGAUCCAAGUCAAGAUGCCAAGGGAUCUGGCCAUGAGGUUGCAGCAAGACAAUGCAAGUCCCACAGGUGUGUGA